AUGUCGCCACGGCUCGGCGUGCUGCACAGCAUCCCGUUCGCGAUUCCGUUUGAGACGCGUGUGUCGAUUUUCCGGCACUUUGUAAUGAACGACAUGAUGAACCGCGGUAUGGACGGCUUUGGACCGCAUGGCCGGACACGCGUGACAGUGCGCCGGGGAUCAGUCGCGCAGGACGGGUUCGAUAGACUAGCCGACGCAGAUUUGCAUGCGCCGAUAGCAAUCACGUUUGUGGACCAGUGGGGGAAUGAGGAGGCGGGGAUUGACGGUGGGGGCGUGUUCAAGGAGUUCCUCACGUCGUUGUGCAAGGAGGUUUUUGAUACGGACCGCGGGUUGUGGCUCGAGACUAAGCAGAACGAGCUGUAUCCCAACCCGCAUUCGUAUGCCACAGAAGCCCAUAGCUUGAACUGGUACAGGUUUCUUGGGCGAAUAUUGGGUAAGGCGCUGUAUAACGGCAUCCUCGUAGACGUCGCAUUUGCGGGCUUCUUUCUUGCGAAGUGGCUAGGGAAGCAGAGCUUUUUGGAUGACCUGGCGUCCCUCGACCCGGCCUUAUAUCAGGGCUUGAUCUUCCUUAAGCAUUAUACAAGCGACCCGGAAGAUCUCUCACUGAACUUCACUGUUGCGGAGGAAGGCGAGUACUCAGAGUUCGGUGUAGCGCGGACAGUAGAGCUGAUUCCGAACGGCAGCAAUGUCGCAGUGACGCGGGAGAACAGGCUGCAGUACAUCUACCUUGUGUCGCAUUAUCGAUUGAACAAGCAGAUCAAAAAGCAAAGCGAGGCAUUCUUCGAAGGGCUGUCAGACAUGAUCGAUCCGAAGUGGCUUCAAAUGUUCAAUCAGCAAGAGCUACAAAUCUUGCUGGGCGGCGUGAAUUCACCGAUUGCUCUUGAUGAUCUGCGGCAGCAUACGAACUACGGAGGUCUGUUCGACGACCACCAUCCUACGAUUGAGAUAUUCUGGACGGUCGUCGAUUCGUUCGAUCAGGACCAACGGCGCGCGCUUUUGCGCUUUGCGACAAGUUGCAGCCGGCCGCCAUUACUAGGGUUCAAAGAGCUUGUGCCCAACUUCUCCAUACGUGAUUCAGGCACGGACGAGAAUCGACUGCCGACUGCGAGUACAUGUGUGAACCUUCUGAAACUGCCGCGAUACACGAGCGGAAGGGUCCUUCGAGAAAAGUUGCUGCAAGCUAUCAAUUCUGGCGCUGGGUUCGAUCUUUCGUGA